GCCCGCAGAGCAAUGACAGCCUGGCUUGUUCGUGCUUUUAAUGUGUGAUGUUUUCUCCAGUGGAGGGCACUCAGUGUCUCGCAAACGGGAACAUUAGCACCAACGAGCUCCAGAGCAUCUCAUCACUCUGUGGGAAAAAAAGAAAAGGGGGGAGAGACCAAAAAAAGGAAGGGGGAGGGAAAGGACAGAGGUGUGUGUGAGUGUGGGGUUUUUUUUUUUGGGGGGGGGGAGCCCUUCUCGGAAGGAGAGGGAAGGAGAAGAAGAGCCUCUCCAGCCAAAGCGCCCCAAAGCGCACCACCGCCUCCAUGGAUUUUUUUUUGGACAGACUUCGCUUAAUGCCCACAAAAUAGGCAUCUUCUGCGCCUGGUUCUGGGAAAACACGACUGCCAAGACCAUCAUCCUCACUCCUCAUCGUCGUCAUCAUCCUCCUCGGUGGGGAGUUUGCACAAGGAUGGCUUGGAGAUGCCAAGAAGGAGCGGAUUGAGAGAGAGAGGAAGGAGAAGGAUGCGCCCCAGAGCAGCCCAGGGACCUGGUUGCUUUUCCUCUCCCUGAGAGAAGUUCCUUUUCCCCUCCUUCUUCCCCCCAUUUCCGAUUGGAAGCUGGACCCUUCCUUGUGCUUGUGUGCUGAGCUUGGAGAGGAGGAUGCGUCGGGGGCUCCUUUAGAAGCCGGCAAUUCCCCUUUCCCCCCUUUCCUGGAGCCUUGCUCCCCUCUUCCCCAUCCCAAAGCCUUGCCUUCCUUGCACCUCUCAACCCUUUCCUCCCUAUUUCUUCCUUCCCACCCUCCAAAUUCUCCCAUGACCCCCUCUCUGGGGAACUUUGGGUCGCCUUGAUGCGGGAUGGACUCUCAAGCUCACCUUUUCUGGGUGACAGGGAUGCUGUGAUGCUUUAAAGGAAGCAGAAGGAAAAGGAAAGAGAGAGAGAGAUCAGCUUGGAAAGGGUUGGACAACCCAGGCAAGGACAGAAGCCCAAGCAACCACAAAACCCAUCCUUCUGAAGGGAAAACAUCUGGAAGGAAGCAAAAAGGGGGCACCGUUACAGAUGACAAAAGGAUGGGUUUCCAUGUAAUUAAGCACCUGAGAGGCAUGAGUGCAGUCUUCGUGCUCCUUCCUACAGUGCUGUUUGUGACAUUGACAGGGGCUCAACGAGCCUGCCCCAAAAACUGCAGAUGUGAUGGCAAAAUUGUCUAUUGUGAGUCUCAUGCUUUUAGAGACAUUCCUCAAAACAUUUCUGGAGGAUCUCAAGGUUUAUCAUUGCGGUACAACAGCAUCCAGAAGCUCAAACCAAAUCAGUUUGCAGGCCUUCACCAACUCAUAUGGCUGUACCUUGACCACAAUUACAUCGGUUCCGUAGACGAGGAUGCCUUCCAGGGCAUCCGUAGGCUGAAGGAAUUAAUCCUGAGCUCCAAUAAAAUCACUCAUCUGCACAACAAAACAUUUCACCCAGUCCCCAACCUCCGCAACCUGGACCUGUCGUACAACAAGCUGCAGGCAUUGCAAUCUGAGCAGUUCAAAGGUCUCCGCAAGCUCUUGAUCUUGCACUUACGGUCCAACUCGUUGAAGACUGUUCCGAUUCGAGUUUUCCAAGAUUGCCGCAAUCUCGACUUUCUGGAUUUGGGUUACAACCGCCUGCGGAGUUUGUCCCGCAAUGCGUUCGCCGGCCUCUUGAAGCUCACCGAGCUCCACUUGGAGCACAACCAGUUUUCGAAAAUCAACUUUGCUCACUUUCCACGUCUCUUUAGCCUGCGCUCCAUUUACUUGCAGUGGAAUAAGAUCCGGUCCAUUAGCCAAGGGUUAACAUGGACUUGGAGUUCCUUACACAACUUGGAUUUAUCAGGGAAUGAUAUUGCGGGGAUUGAACCUGGGACGUUCCAGUGCCUGCCCAAUUUGCAGAAGCUCAAUUUGGAUUCCAACAAACUGACCAAUAUCUCUCAGGAGACUGUCAAUGCCUGGAUUUCUUUAAUAUCCAUCACCUUGUCUGGAAAUAUGUGGGAAUGUACUCGGAGUAUUUGCCCCCUGUUUACCUGGCUUAAAAACUUCAAGGGGAACAAGGAAAGCACCAUGAUUUGUGCAGGUCCCAAGCAUAUCCAAGGCGAAAAGGUGAGUGAUGCUGUCGAAACCUACAACAUCUGUGCCGAAAUCCCAGUGGUUGUCACCGAGAAGCCGUACCAGGCACCUAAAACUCAACAGAGGCCCAUUUUUGUCCCCAAGCCUACUCUUCCCAAACUGGAAGACUAUCAACUGACAUCGUUUACACCAAGCCCUUCUCCGGAGUUUCCAACAUCUGGACCCGAACUCGAGUAUGAGCAUGUUUCCUUUCACAAGAUUAUUGCUGGAAGCGUUGCCCUCUUUCUUUCGGUGGCAAUGAUUCUGUUGGUCAUUUAUGUCUCCUGGAAGCGUUACCCUGCCAGCAUGAAACAGCUCCAGCAACACUCUCUUAUGAAGAGGCGUCGGAAAAAAGCCCGAGAGUCAGAAAGGCAAAUGAACUCCCCUUUACAGGAGUAUUAUGUGGACUACAAGCCUACAAAUUCCGAGACCAUGGAUGUAUCGGUUAAUGGAUCUGGACCCUGCACGUAUACCAUUUCUGGCUCCAGGGAAUGCGAGGUAUGAACCAUGAUCCUCCUAAAUCCAUUUCUGCUGCUGGGAAGGAGAGGUAAAUGU